GAGUAAGGUAUUUCUCGUUCGGGGGGGCGUGUGCCUCGAACUUGUGUGUACCCGACGGGGAACGCACCGUGAACAACUGAACUUCACUUUGCCUGUACGGCCGAGGAAUAUUAUCCGUCGGCGAGGAUGCAGGUGGCAACGCUGUUUAGGGAGAGCGCCACCCUGCUGGGUGCCUCUAGCCUGGACCCCCCGCAGACCCACCAUCACCAAGCUAUACAGCAGCAUCAGCAGCAACAACAACAGCAGAUACAGCAACACCCGGCGGAUCUUCACCUAGCCCAUCAAAUGCACCAUCACUACAAAAUGUCGUACCCGUCGCCCGUGCAAAACGGAGGUCCAAACGGCACUACGAUGAGCUGCUCCGGUUCCCAAGGGGUGAUGGUGAAGCAGGAAGCGAGGGAUGACGGUUACGAGACAAGUCCGGAUCUCGAGAUGAGGAGCACCGGCGGUGACAGCAGUCAGCAGUACCACACGCCGCUGACACCGCACACACCGCACACACCGCACACGCCGCACACGCCCCUCACGCCGAUAUCGGCGACAGCGCAUCAACCCCAGCAGCCCGGCUCGACCGCUUCCACCCUCGGACAGGUGGCGAUCAAGUGCGAGACCCCGGUGGACCCGUACUCGUUCGUCGACGAGGACAUGUCGAUGGGCGGCAUGAGGACGGCCAGCAGCCCGGCAGGCAAUCCAGAGAACAUGACGUGUCCUUCUGGGGCGCAACCGGGCCUCUCUACACCCACGUCGACCCCGCCCGGCCCGAUGUCCGGACCGCAACAUCUUCAGAUGAACCUCGGCGUGAUGAACGGCAACGUGAAUCCCCAAAUGGCGGCGCAUCAGCCGAAGAAGCGAGGCCGCAAGAGAAAAUCCGAAAUGAUACUCACGCCGGAAGAGGCGGAGUUGGCGGAGGCGAAGAAACGAGCAAAGACGUACAAAGAGAGGAAGAAGCACGACAGAUUCGACGGUAUGCCAGAGGAAGAAGUCAGCAAACGAGUUCUUCCGGACCACCUGACAAACAACCUCGACAUUAUCAUAAUUGGAAUCAACCCCGGACUGUUCGCAGCUUACAAGGGCCACCACUACGCCGGACCAGGAAACCACUUCUGGAAGUGUUUACACCUGAGCGGACUGACACCCGAACCACUCACGGCGGAUGACGAUUACAAGCUGUUGCGCUUCGGUAUCGGUUUCACAAAUAUGGUGGCUCGCGCCACUAAAGGCAGUGCCGAUCUCACAAGAAAAGAAAUCAAAGAAGGUAGUCACAUUCUGUUAGAGAAAUUACGAAAGUACAAGCCGAAGAUCGCGGUAUUCAACGGUAAACUCAUAUACGAGGUGUUCUCGGGAAAGAAGGAGUUUGGAUUCGGUAGACAGCCCAAUCUGGUCGAAGGAACCAAUACGUACAUGUGGGUGAUGCCAUCGAGCAGCGCGAGAUGCGCGCAACUGCCGCGUGCGGCGGACAAAGUUCCGUAUUACGCGGCGCUGAAGAAGUUCCGCGACUACCUGAACGGCGCGAUUUCUCAUCUGGACGAGUCCGACAUCGUGUUCGCGGACUCGAAGCUCAAGAAGAAGGAACAGGACGCAAUUGAGGACAAGAAGCCGGUGUUCUGCGACGAUCUGACGAACGAAGGGGAGAGCAGGAUGACCGACGUGAACGGAACGCCCAUAAAACAGGAAACGAAUUCACUGAUGCCUGGGAAGAAGAAGAGAGGCAGACCGAAAAAAAUAAAAAAUCCCGAAGAUCAACCGCCUCCCGAUCCCGAGAAACUCGACGCGAACGGGGAGGUGAUAAAGAAGCGUCGCGGCCGUCCGAAAAAGAUUCAUCAACAGCAAAAGCAACAGGAGAGGGAGAUGAGAGAGCGGGAACAACAACAGCAACAGCAGCAACAUCAGAGCAUGGGCGGCCAUCUUAGUGACGGUUACGGAAUAGUGCCCAAUUGUUUCUCGCCACCGAAGACGUUCGCGCACAUGGCUCCCUAUCCGCAGCCGAUGAACGAUUCCGGAUACUAUGGACAGGGCAUGAACGACAGUCCAUACAACAUGAACGCAAAACAGAGCCCGGUGCAUCUACAGCAUUACAGUCAAAGCCCCAAAUCCAUGUCGCUCUCGUUCACCCAUUCCGAUCUCUCCUCGGAGAUCAACACCGCGAUCUCGUCGGAGAACAACCUGGAACCGUCGCCGUUGACCUCGCCGAGUGUCGAACACCCCGAUUUCGAGCCACCUACCAGUAUCUCUCAGCAGAACAUGAACAACGAUCAUCGUCAGUACAAUCCGGCUGGAAACGGUGAGAACCCCGGCCAUCACGGUAGCCCGGGCACACCGUCCCACCCGAGUUACACCAGCUACAUGGGCUACCACGAACAAGCCUCGGAGCCCCACAAUCCUCAUCCCCAUCAGACAACACCGACACCGUUGAGCCAAGCCACCGACGAGCAUUCGCACCACUCCCAUCCGACGCCGCCGCACACGCAUCCCCAUACGCCGACGCACUCCUCGAUGUCGCCCCAUCAUCAUCCACACGAGCAGUACGGAAUCAAGAGGAACACCGGCCAGGACGUAGCGUCGAAGAGUCUCAGCGACUUGGAAUCGCUGGUCGACCAGAUACCGAGUAUAGCAGACGGUGGCAAUCAACGCCUGCAACACGGCCAUCCAGGCAUGAAUGACGACGGUUCCCUCGCGGAGAAGAUGGACGCGCACCAUCAGAGCUAUCUAUCGGGCUUCUCCGGAAUGCCGAACGCCGGAAUGUCCAAUUACAGUCCCCCAUUAGCGCCCGGAGGCUCGAUCUACCCAAGCUCGCUGCACAACUCGCCCAACGACGGCUACGGUUCCCUUUACAGUAUGAACGGUCGUCAGCAUCAGGAUUCGCAGCAGCAACAGCAACAACAGCACCAACAGCAGCAACAACAACAACAGCAACACAGCAAGUCCUACACGGUUGAGAAUCUAGCGUCGAGCAACUAUACGCCGACUAUGAACCACGGUCAUCCCGGUAAUUCGUACCCAAACAUAAUCCCCGGUCCCCAUUAUCCCGUCCCGAUGGGAUCGACGAACGGCUAUCUUUUCGGCGGCCUCGAGCCGAGCUUGAUGCAACGCACCUACGGGAUGGGCGGUAUGAGCGGCAUGGGAGGUAUGCACCACCCGUCCCUCGGUCACAUGGCCAAUCCUUAUCCGUACAACGGUUCGUAUUCUAGUUCCUUCGACGCGUAUCCGGGCCCGCCGGCUGGCAUUCACGCGCCAAGCGCGAACUAUCCCGGCGGUUACGCGAGCGUCGGCAGCACAACGCCGGGCACAUCAACGCCACCGUCUUACCUCCCGUCACAUCAUAGGCCGCCGGUCGACCUAGCAUACGACGGUGUAUGAUAAUCGAUGUAAAGCUAUGUUCAACUCUCGCGAUAGCGAUUUCGAGCGCUACGUUUAUCUUUUCUACGUAUUUUUACACGUUUAGGAUCCGCCGCCGCCGCCGCCGCCGCCGGAAUAAAUCGCGUCGAACGAAACGAAAAGCUUCUAUCUCUCUCUAUCUCGUUGCGGACGCGCUUUCUGGCCGGACUUUGCUACUGCGAUUCGCGCGCGUUUUCUUCAUUCCUUCUUCUUCUCGCCCCCCCCCCUCACCCUACUUUCGCUCUAACCUAGUACCGCGCGAACCAUCUCGUUUAAUUCUCCAUCGUCUACGUUUCACCCGCGUUUUCCGUUUCGAAAUUUCUUUCGUCCUGUUCUCAAGCCGCUUGAAAUGUCUCCGUACUAACCUCACGAUGAUCCUACAUUUCCUCUCUGUCGCUCAAUGAUUAACGAUUGCGCCCCGCGAGUAGUCACACGGACGCGCGGCUCGGAAA